AUGGGGACUUACAGACCCUUCACCACCAGGUUGCUCUCCGCCACUUCCUGGGUGGUGGACUCCGAUUUCGGGAAGACGACCAGCUCCCCGUACAUCGCAGAGGCUGGUGUCACAGCUGUGGGUCCCACCGCCCUUGCCAAUGUGCACACACAGGUCUCCACCCCAAAGCCUUUGGUUUCUGUCCAACAGCAAGCGACGCUGUUCCAAGCCAAACCAUUGGAAUAUCGAAUCCCAGCCCUGCUCUACAUUGAGAAGUACCGCACCAUCCUGGCUUUCGCCGAGCACCGGGGGGGCGCGAGGGACGAAAGUGCCGACCAGAUAGUCAUGCGCAGAGGCACGUAUGAUGAGACAAAGUACACCGUUCAGUGGGAACAAAUGCAGACCAUUGUCAAGAAACCGCUGGGUGACCACCGCCCCAUGAACCCAUGUCCCGUGUACGACAAAGUACCAGUAAAUGGAAAUGACAGAAAUGUCGUUCUGGUCUUUAUAGCUGUGGAGGGAAACGUCUCUGAGCAAGAACAGAUCAGGAAAAAGGAAAACAAGGCCCGUCUGUGCCAGGUCACCAGCGCUGACAAUGGAGUCUCCUGGAGCCCUGUGAAGGAUCUCACUGACACUGUCACUCAUCCAGAUGAUAAGACCUGGGCCACCUUUGCAGUGGGACCAGGCCACAGUUUUCAGCUAAACGAGGAUAAGAGUCUAGUAAUUCCAGCAUAUGCCUAUUGGAUACUUGACGAUAACACCCCCUCCCCCCACUCCUUCUGCUUUGUCCGUAGUGACAAUGACCAUGGGAAGACCUGGAGAAGGGGUAAUUAUCUGGCACUGAAUUCAGGGGAAUGCCAGAUGGUUGAAUUGAAGAGCCAAGGAAAGUCAGUGCUGUACUGCAACUCUAGAAGCAAAGAGAAAGUCAGAGUCCAGGCUGUGAGUGACAAUAAAGGGAGGGAUUUUAAGAAUCAUGAUUUCGUUAGUAAAUUAGUGGAAUCCUCCUCUCAGGGCUGUCACGGGAGUGUUAUUGGCUUCCCAAGACCCGCUGGUGUGCAGUCAGAGGAGGACACGUGGGUCCUCUAUUCUCACCCCAUAGACCGUAACGAGCGGAAAGAUUUAGGUGUGUACCUCAACAAGGAACCCUUAAAUCCAGAAAGCUGGACAGAACCCACUGUCAUCUACAAGGGCUACUGUGCUUAUUCGGAUCUGCAGUACAUGGGGCCAGGCCCUGAUGGCUCACCCCUGUUCUCCUGCCUCUUUGAGUCUGGUACCAAAUCCAACUAUGAGAAGAUCCUCUUCUUUAUGUUCACUCUGAAACAAGUCUUUCCAUCUGAGUACUGAGCCUCAGAGGACAGGGCCAUGCAGUGUCCAUGUUAGAACCACCUUAGCUGACACGUCACUGCCCAAUGGCUUUUAUCCCCUGCCCUUGUCCUGGCCCAUAAGCCAUAUUCCAAGGGUUGUUUUUCUUUGGCAAGCUUUCUCCU